GGGAGUGGUAACUCAAACCUCUAGCUUUGUUCCCUUCUUUAGGAUCCAUAACCCUUGAACAUUUUGAGACUGACUUUCAAAAGUCUCUGAUAAAGUAGGUGGAGAAAGAUUGUUCCAUUUUUCCAACCCACCCAUCUCUUCCUUUCCCCAUUGGUAGGGUCUGAAUGUAACUCCUGUGCUACAAUCCAUGUCUGCCCCACGACAGACACAAUUUCUAAGAAUCCUAUUAUGAAUGACUUCUAAACUCAAGGAUCCUUUCAUUCACCUAUUAUAUAAACCCAGAUAGUCGAUUGAAUUUGUUUAAAUCAAAAUCCUUUGAACCAAAGAUGUAGCUCUCACAUUUUCAACAGAUUCCUACAGUGAGCACAUUUUUGCUCAGAGGUUGAAAGAAUAUGAGAAUUGAACUAAAUUUUUUUAAACAGAUUUAAAAUUCUCCUAGUUUUCUCAACAAUGCCCUGCUGACGCAGUAAACCACAACUAAAGUGGCUUUAACAAUGAUGGACCAGUUGGAAAUCAUUUGUGUAUAAAAAGAAGACAUAGAAUUUGAGUCUCUUUGGAAAAUCAGAUGCCAAGUAGCCCCUGGGGCCCAGUGGCUGUUAUGAAAGCAGAGGCACCUUCCCAUUGGCCUGGGGGAUUUACCCAGAUGUCUGGCUUCCACAUAAAAGGCAGGAACCACUGAAGUCAGUUUUCACUUCCACUCAAAGGGCGAUAGCAUAAGCAGCAAACAAGGCGAUGGCAAGACUGUUGUUACUUUUCCUUCCAGGUCUUGUGGCCGUAGGCACCGUGCAUGGAAUAUUUAUGGACAAACUUGCUUCCAAGAAGCUCUGUGCAGAUGACGAGUGUGUCUAUACUAUUUCUCUGGCCAGAGCUCAAGAAGAUUACAAUGCCCCAGACUGUAGAUUCAUUAACGCUAAAAAAGGGCAGCAGAUAUAUGUUUACUCAAAGCUGGUAAAAGAAAAUGAAGCUGGAGAAUUUUGGGCUGGCAGUGUGUAUGGCGAUGACCAUGAGGACGAGAUGGGAACGGUGGGUUAUUUUCCCAGGAACUUGGUGGAGGAGCAACACGUGUACCAGGAAGCCACCAAGGAAGUCCCGACCACAGAUAUUGACUUUUUCUGCGAGUAAGAAAUUAGACAAAUCUGCAAGUAGAAAGAAAACACCAAAAUUAAGAAAAAAGGCAAACAAACAAGACACCCCAAAUUCUGUGUCCCUUAUUUGGGACUUUGGGUUCCAGGAUUUGUUACCUUACAGGAGGACUAAGAUUUGGGGCCAGAGGUGGCAGAAAAGGAAGGGCUUCAACUCAGUCUCAUUUUCUGUUGGCUUGGUUUCAGCACAAGUGGGUGAUUGAACAGAGGAUUACUUGUCAGCCUCCUCCUACAGGGGGAUGCAUAGAGAAGAUAGGUCAUCCAUAGCUAUUUCUGAAGAGUAAUUCUUCCCUGCUCUUUGGCUCCCUGUAUAAACCUGGUAGAUCACACAGGUCUUCCCUUUGGACCUGCUGUUUUCUUCCUACAUGACUUUCUGGAAAAUUGGAAUGUUAUAAUUUACCCAAAGGCGCUGUAUCAUCAGGCAAUACUCAAGGAUUGUUGUUACUUUUCAUCUUUGAUGGCUUUGGAAUGUGAAGUUGUUGGUGGGGGGAGAGCUAUUUGGACUCAUAGAUGUUUGAACUAUGGUUUUAAAUUUAUCUUUUUAAAAAGUCUCACAAAUUAUUUCAUCUGAAUAAUUUUACCCUCUAAAUGAUCAAUUUACCCCACUCCAAAUUUUAAAUAUGUGUGUAUACAGUGGGGGUGGGACAGUUUAUAAAAUAUUUUUAAUGAGAUAGUUUCCCUUUAAUAUGUGCUACCACUUGGUGUUAUUCAAGCUUCAAGUGAAAAGACACAGAAAAAAAAA